AUGACAUUUUACACCAUUGGUUGGGCUGUAAUCGCUGUCAUGCAUCUGUGCUGCUUUUCAAAUGCUGAGCUUCCCGGCGAACUCAUGCCAUCGGUCUCUGAACAAGGUGCGAAGGUCAGGCCAAUUUUUGCUGCCGUACCGAACGUAGAUGGAUGGUAUAUUUGGCAUGAAGAGGAGACGAGCGCAUGUACAAGGUGUUCGUUCAAAAAGCAACAUGGGAUGAGGCAGAAGCAAUAUGCAGUAACAACAACGCACACUUGGCUUCCGUUGGGUCGGAAGAAGAAAAUGAUUUUAUAUACGAGCUAG